AAAUAUCCAAAAUAAACUGUAAAUAAUAACAUUGCUCUAUUAUUAAUUAUCUAAAAUGACCAGUUCGUCCGCAAAAGUUGACGAUAUAUUUCGCGAGGCGGGAACAGCGUUCAACAAACUUUCUGAGAUGACAAUGUCAUUACAGGCUGCGGAAGAUUCAUUUGCAACAGAUGUAUGGAGCCCCGAGGACUUAGAGGCACUGCGCUCUAGUGUGCACCGCUUUGCUGUUGAACUGAAUAAAAUUAGUCAACAUAUAAAGAUCCGAACCAUGUUCCACUUACGCCGUUUUUUGGAGAUGGACAGCGGCGCAAUCCAAGACGUCCAAGGAUCUCCUCCCGACGCUAACCAAACAACAUGCGGCAUAACAUCCAUGUAUAUCAUUCAGACUCCAUCGCUGGCUACUUGGCUUGCUUAUGCGGUUCCGGUAUCAACAUUCAUUCCAAACAAUAAUCCACAGCCGACAAACCGACCACAGCCGCCUCAAGCGACGCCAACCAACCAAAUCAACCAACCUUCGGCAUCUAAUGUAAUGCUUCCAGACUUCGAAAUCCAAUCUUUAAUACAGCAACAACCUGUUCUGGACUUAUUGACCCAGGAACCAAGUCUACAACUGCCGGUUGUUAAUUCAGAGUCUCCAGAAGAUAACGAAACAUCAGAAAAUGAGCUAGACGGCUUCAACCCGGAGGUAGUGCCACCUGUUCCUCCGGAGCAGAUCCUACAGCCUGAGAAAAAAAGAAAACCAAAACGAAAAGAGCCAGAUCAUCAACCGGGUGAAGGUGAAGUCAACAAUAACGAGUGUGGGCUUACGGUGCAGCAAAUCGUUCGGUAUCUUGACUUUGAAAACACAUUAUCUACGAAAACGCAGAUGAUGUGUCAACCUAACGAGCAACCAGCUAUUGAAGUACCACCAUCAAUUGGAUUAGCUGGUCCAGUACCAAGUAUUAAUGCGGAAUUACCUUUAAUCAGUGGCCAAGAAAAUCAAGUUACCGCAGGUCAAAAUUACCAACCUAGCAGCUAUGUCGCUAACCAACUACAUUCUGAAACCACGCGCUUGCAAAACGACAACGACUUCAAACUAAAAACCAAUACUAGUCUGGCUGCAUCACAGCAACAACCGGUAUUGUCCCCUCCAAAAGAAUACAUAGUUGUAGAUCACAAAACAAAUAACAAAACGGUCGAGGAAAAACCCGAUCCGUUCAUAUUUUGCGACAUUGUAGAACCAGCUCCGGACCCUCUUAGCACUUUCCGCGCCCGUUGGUGCUUUAAGAAAUAUGGACUUUCGAACCAGUCCACCAGUCACCAGCCACCGGCUACAAGCGAUGUAAACGCAAUGCAUUCAUUAGAAAUGACUCCAAAAAAGAGUCCUAACAAAGACACUCCUAAAACUGCUGAAGCGGCAACACCAAACACGACCUCGUCCGAGGCUCGUGUCUUAACAAGGUCAAAAAGUCGCCACGGAGGACUCCUGGAACCAUUGCUGCCCCCAAAGCGUUCCCGAAGGGGCACAAAGAAAAUAUCUGAGAAAUGA